CUCUCUCUCCGUAUGCGGGGCGGGGUCUGCGCCGGCGCGGCCCGGGGGCAAGAUGGCGCUGGCCAGGGGGUUGGCACUGCUACGGGCGGCGAGCGGCGGACUCCGGGGAUCGGGGCGGCCGCUGUGGGUUCGGGAUGCCCCCCGGCUCUGCAGCACCCAGGCAGCACCCAAGGGCACCCCGCCCCCCCCGUCCCCCUACCAGGAUCGGCCCUGGGAGUAUCUGGAGAGCGAAGAGUACCGCGUCACCUAUGGCAACAAACCCGUCUGGCUGGGCUACCGGCGCAACCACAAAGGCGCCAUCCCGCCCCAGCGCACCCGCAAGGCCUGUUUGCGCAAGGGCAAGCCAGUGGGAAACCCCUGCCCCAUCUGCCGUGACCGCAACCUCCACGUGGAUUUUCGGAACGUGAAGCUCCUGAACCAGUUCAUCUGCCCCCACUCCGGUGUUGUCUUCCACCCCACGCACACAGGGGUCUGCAUGAAGCAGCACAAGCUCCUAACCAAGGCCAUCGAGCAGGCACAGGACCACGGUCUCCUAUGGCUCCAAGUGCCCUACGUGCCGGUCCCCCGGGAUGACUUUUCCAACCAACACCCAGCCGUCGGCAAGACCCCGCCGGCACCCGUCCUGGCCCCCGGCCGCCCUUGGUACCCCUGGUACGAGUGGCAGCCUCCCCCCGCCGCUGCCGUCGCCCGCAUGCGUCGCCUUUACAAGGAUUACCUGAAGGAAGAAACGGCCCCACCGGCAGCGGGGACGCCUCCAGACAACCCUUCCACUCCCUCCGUGGAGCACAGAGGGGAAUAAAAGCGUCUACAGUCCCCGCUAAA